AUUGUCUUUGUGGAAAGAUUUCUUUGUAUUUAUUUUGGCAAUGGGAUGGAUGAGUCGGCUCUUCGUCAACUCACCGAAGAAUAUUUCUUAUCUUUUACACUCAACAACACAAAAGAUUUCAACAAAGCCUAGAAACAUUUCUAUGCUUGACAACUAUAUGUUGAGAAGUUGUUCACAUAGAGGGUAUCCACCAAAGUCUCUUUUGGAAACCAGCCAAGGCAAAUUACGAUGGACUUUUCGUAUUUUGCAUACCAAACACUUUCACUCCCAACCAAAUGAAAACAAAGAUUCAUUAGAGAAGCCUAUUCAAUGGAAGGAAUCAGCUUUGAACAAAACCCAAACAGAAGAUUCUUUCUAUCGCUUACCUAUUGGCAGUUUGGAAGAACAGUCAGAAAUAGUAAAUACUUCUUCCGGUAUUUAUGAUCAUUUGAUAACUUUUUGGCAAGGAUAUGUCAAUACAAGUGCUAAUGUGCUCGAAUUCCUGUACGAAACCCUGGGUGUUCCAUGGUUUGCUUUGAUUGGGAUGACAACAAUUGCAGUAAGACUUUUGUUACUUCCCAUUGCAAUAGGUAGUAUGCGUUCUAUUGCAGUAAUGAAGUGCCUCAAACCACAGUUGGAAGAGAUAUAUAAGAGAACGACAGACGCUACUAGUCGACAGAACGAUGAAAAGUUACUUGAACUGAAAAAUGAAUAUUUAAAAUUGAUGAAGAAAUAUAAAGCAGAUCCUUUGAAGAACUUUUAUGCACCAUUGAUUCAAACUCCUAUUAUUAUGUCGCUGUAUUGGGGAGUUCGAAGUCUGACUAAAAGUAACCCUAUCUCGUUAUCGGAGGGUGGCAUAGGUUGGUUUCAAGAUUUGACGGUACCCGAUCCUCAUUAUAUUCUUCCUUUGCUUUGUUCUACUAUUUAUUUGAUUACUUUGCGGAUUGCAAAGGAUACUAUGGCAGUUACGAGUACCAGCAUUGAUAUUUUGUUACCUUUUACCCAACAGCUGCUUUACCUUUUUGUUGAAUUGGAUAUUGAGAUAUCCCUCUAUUAGGCAAAGAUUGGGGUUUCCUACUUUAGAUGGUCAACUGCCAUUGAAGCAUGACAA